AUGAACCAAUCAGACGCGUCGCAAGGGCCGCUAGACGGCGUGCAAAUCGUCAGUGAGGGUACGCUGACGUACGAUGGCCGCUACAGACGCUACAGCAUCUCCGGAAUCAACUUCGAGGUUCCCGUGCGCUACGUCCCGCUCUUCCCCCUUGGCCGAGGAGCCUAUGGUGUUGUUUGCUCUGCACGAGAUGAGACGACCGGGGAGGAGGUGGCGAUCAAGAAGAUCGGCAACGCGUUCAACGACCGCACAGAUGCCAAGCGGACUCUCCGCGAGAUUCUGAUCCUCCGCAACAUGAACCACCCCAAUGUGAUUGCCAUCAAGGACGUCAUCCGUCCGCCCAACCCGCAGAGCUUCCAGGACGUGUAUAUCGUGUAUGACCUCAUGCCCGAGGACCUGCACGGGGUCAUUCGGUCCGGGCAGGACAUGGAUGAACGGCACUACACGCCCAUCCUCUUCCAGCUGCUUCGAGGCGCCAAGUACAUCCACUCGGCCAACAUCCCUCUUUUCCCUUCCCUUUUUCGUUCUCCCGGCACAAAAAUGCCAUGUUCUACCCCGAUCUCUUCCCCCUCCCUCUUCUCUCCCCAGCGCAUCCUUUUCCAGUUACUGAAGGGAGUCAAGUACAUCCACUCCGCCAACAUCCUGCACCGCGACUUAAAGCCCCCCAACAUCCUCAUCGACGGGCGCUGCAACAUCAAGAUCACCGAUUUCGGCCUUGCGCGAACCCGUGUGGAAACCACCGACCACCUGACGAAAUAUGUGGUUACCAGAUACUACCGCGCUCCCGAGCUGCUGGUGAACAACCAGCAGUACAGCGCUUCCAUCGACGUGUGGUCCGUGGCGCUCAUCUAUCUGGAGCUCGUGCUGGGGCACAUUGUGCUCAGAGGCGAUAACUACGUGGACCAGCUCCGCAAGACCUGCGAGGUGCGGCUGAAGGGAGGAGGGACAGCAGAGGGGAGUAUGGGAUCUCCAUCUGCAGAGGACGCCUCCUUCAUAGUCAACGAUGCCGCCCGCACCUUCCUGCUCUCAGAGCUACAGGGCUUCCCCGCGCGGAACAUCAGGGACGUGUUCCCCAAGCUGUCGGAACCCGCGGCUGACUUGGUGCAGCGCAUGCUCGUGUUCGACCCGAGAAGGCGAAUCACAGUUGACGAGGCAUUGGCCCACCCGUACCUGGCGCACUACCACAAGGCGAACCAGGACCCGCCGCACCCAAACCCCUUCCAGUUCGACCUGAGCUUCGAGCAGGAGGAGUAUGACAUCCCCCGCAUCCGCCAGCUCAUCUUCGAGCAGGCCUGCGCCUUCAACCCCCAAUAA